AUGGGUAAAUGUGCUGAAAGACGCGAUAUCGAGUUCAAGACCCUCGAUGGCUUGACUCUCCGUGGCUGGUUCUAUCCAGCGGGAACAAAAGACAAAAAGACGCCUGCAAUAAUCAUCACACACGGCUGGUCCAUGGUGAAAGAAAUGUACCUCGACACCCUCGCCGAACGCUUCCAAGAAAUCGGUCUUGCCUCACUUGUCUACGACCACCGAAGCUUGGGAUCCAGCGACGGCACCCCGCGCUUUGAGGUUGAUGCCCAUAACCAAGCCAAAGACACGCACGAGGCCAUAUCCUAUGUCAUGAGUCUCCCCGAAGUCGACCCCACCAAGAUCGCCAUCUGGGGCUAUAGUCUCUCCGGAAGCCACGGCGUUAGAGUCGCCGCAGUAGAUAGAAGAGUCAAGGCCCUCAUCACCCUCUCGCCCAUGCUGUCUAGUGUCCGCCUACUCAACCGCAUGGUCCUCCGUGAUGCCAGAGCCGGGCUAGACAAGACCCUCAUGGACGACCGCGAAGCCCGCGCCAGGGGCGAGGAGCCUACGUACGGCCGAAUCACUAGCCCUAGCCGGGACGAACCAGCGUUCCUACCGUUCGCAGAUGCGAAUUCGCUUCUUCUGAGGUUGAAGGCCACCGUGGCGCCAAACUGGGAGAACAGACAUACACUACAGAGCAUAUUCAAUCUGCAGACGUACGACCCAUCGGGCUAUGUCGAGGCUGUGGCGCCGACGCCGUGGUUGAUGUUCCAAGCGGACAAUGACAUGAUAACGGUGCCAGACGUGGAGCUGGGAAUGUUUGAGAAGGCGAGGCAGCCGAAGGAGUUUGAGCUGUAUCAUGGCGGCCAUUUUGAUCCGUUUGAGGGUGAGGUAUUUGAGGGUAUACUGGCGACGAUGGUGGAGUUUUUGAAGAGACGUUUGAAGUUUUAG